AUGUUACGAACUAUCCUCAAGCUCGCGGACACUAAGCAGAAGGUGCUGUUGGCACGGAACUAUGUCCGGCGGGCCCGCAACCCUGGCGUGGAUCGUCAGAUGGGCCUGCUGAACGAUGACCAGCUGAAGACCGACCUCGAAGAGUUGGAACAGAUCGAUGAGGUGGACUUUAGUGGGGUGGCAAAGUCGCAUCGGCAGUACGAGAAGGAAACCCAGCAGUACCGGGAGCGCCUGCAGAGCUGGAUCGUCGGGAACAAGUACUUCAAGACAAAGCAGCUCAACUUUCUGACCUGGUCCGAGAAGGAACAGAUCCGCUACCUGCACAACUUUGACCCGGAAGAUUGGACCAUCGACAAGCUGGUGGAGAGCUUCCCCGCGGAUCGGUACACCGUGGCGAAGAUCGUCAAGGCCAAGUGGACGCCGCGGGAUGCGGGCCGAGUUCAGCGGCACGACGAAACCGUCCGCGAAAACUGGGAAAUGCUGAAAUCCGGGAGGAUUAAGAACAUUGACGACGGAUUCGCCGAACACCUGAACAAGUUCGUUCAUAGAAACUUCCAGGAAGUCCAGAAACCUAAGUUGGAAACCAAGCGCCUGUACGAGAUUCAGCAGCUUCCGGAAGGCGGCGAAUUUUCCCAAAUCAUAACCAGCUGCAAGAAGUACGCUGACACUCCUGUCGAGGAACAGAAACUUCUAGGUGAAGAGCAACGCUCCGCUUCAACCCCGGAUAUCCCGUUCAGAGCUCCCAACGAUGAUAUGUUCCUGAUGGGUGAGGUGUCGGAUCGUCGUCACAAAACGCUGCGGCAGAUGAAACAUGAGCAAGGUACUCCUCCAGCAGUAGAAGCGACACAAUCGCAAAUGGUCAACACCGAUCUUGUGGAGCGAAUCGAGGAGUUGAAGGUGCAAAAGCACGAAACGGGAGCGGUUCCCCUGCCAGAGAUUAGAGGUGCUGCGCGGUCAGAAAUUCGGGAGUUCGUCAAAAUCCCCAAGAAACUGUACCGCAAAGGCGCCACGUAUCAGCUGGACGAUUGCUUCUACGACGACGACGGAGAGUUCCUAUACAGAGUGCCUGGCAUGGCGGGACGAAGCGGUCGCUGA